AUGUCAACUGCAAGGCUUCUUCGACGUGCCCGCAACCUUCCUCAACCCCCAACACCGAUACUAGUAAUCUCCAAGGUGGUUCUCUGUGCAAUGCCCAUUGCUGAGAUUGCAAUUGGUGCAGUAUAUCUGCAUGACUGUCCGCGGCAGCACUACAUCCCCAUCCAUCUGAUCGUGCAAGGAGUCUUCAGCCUGGUGCUGGUGAUGCUCUCCUGCUUGCCGUGCACCCACGAGCCUGAGGACACCCCUCCAAGCAAGCUCAGUCAAUCCAUCAUGGGCUGGAACUCACUGAUAUCUGUCUUUCUCUUCUGCUGGUUUAUUGCUGGUAAUGUGUGGACUUACUCUAUUUACCAGCCCAACUACAACAAGAUCACAACAAAUGUGAAUCCCUACUGCGACAGGACGCUGUACCUGUUCUCCUUCUGGACCAUGACCGUGGUCUACAUCCUCAUGGGUGUUUCCCUGGUGGUCGGCUGCAUUUACUUGAUCUUCUCCUGCGUGACUGGCAGAGCCAGCGACAAUGACAACGUCUAG